GAUUGUGCAAUCCUGAAAGCCCGCCCAGCUCAGCUAGAGUCCUUAAGCUUUACUUGACUUCCUAAAAGUCAAAGUAGGUUAGACUUUCUCCAACUCUUCAACCUCACUAAGCAAGCGGAUUGCCAUCUUGUGAGAAUAAGAAAUGACAGCAACUGAACUCCAAGAAAACACACAAACAGUGAGACCUCGAAGAUUAAUGUGUCUCUUUAACAAUAUCAAGUUCUUUAUACUGUGUCAUGGGAUGCUACAGCUUGCUCAGCUACUGGUGUCUGGCUAUCUAAAAGGGUCCAUAACCACUAUUGAAAGAAGAUAUGGAUUUUCAAGUCAAAAAUCAGGAUUGCUGGCAGCUUUCAAUGAGGUGGGGAAUACAGUUCUUAUCGUGUUUGUUAGUUUCUUUGGCAGCCGGGUUCAUCGGCCUAGAUGUAUUGGAACAGGAGCAAUGAUUGCAAGUGUGGGAGUGUUCCUUAUCGCAUUGCCUCACUUCAUUAGUGCAAAGUAUGAAUAUACAGACUCCAAUAGCUAUGCCAAAGAGAAUAGGUCUGGCAUUUGCCAAUCAGAGAGCAUAUUCCAAAGGAAAAUGGAAGUGUCUAACAAGACAUGUGAUAAAGAAAAGACUGAUGCUUACCUAGGAGUGUAUCCAAUACUUCUUUUGGGCCAGUUACUGUUCGGGAUUGGGGGAGUCCCCAUACAACCUUUUGGGAUUUCCUACAUUGAUGACUAUGCAAAAAAGAGGAAUUCACCCUUCUACUUAGGUAUACUCUUUGCAGUCACAGUAAUAGGGCCAGCAUUUGGCUACAUGAUGGCAUCUCUCCUGCUUCGUUUGUAUGUUGACAUUGACAAGAUGUCUUUUGAUAAAAUACUUUUGAAAAAUGAUGACCCCAGAUGGGUUGGAGCUUGGUGGUUGGGGUUCAUUGUGGCUGGCACCCUCCUAUUCCUGACAUCUUUGCCAUACCUGUUUUUCCCCAGAAAGAUGUUCAGAGAGGAAAUUGCUGAGGUCUCAGUGGAAUCAUCAUCUGAGAAAAUAUUGGAGAAGACAACCAGAACUGAAGCAGCAUCUGAAAUGUCUCUCACUCAGUUCCUAAAAAACUUUCCCAAAAUCACAAGGAGAACUAUGCGGAACCCAGUCUACUUGUUGGUUGUGUUGGCUCAGGUGAAUCUUGCUGCCAUGGUGGCUGGAUUAGCCACUUUUAUGGCCAAAUUCAUAGAGAGGCAGUUCACACAGACGGCCGCCUUCUCCACCAUGAUGAUAGGCGGUUUAAAUAUUCCCUCAGCCAUGUUGGGCAUUAUGGCUGGAGGGGUUAUCAUGCGCAGGUUGAGUCUGUCCAUAAAAUCUUCAGCUGCAAUGUGUACCAUAGCAGUUCUCAUUAGCAUGUUCUUCGCAAUUCCACUUCUUUUCCUUGGCUGCCCCACACAAAGAAUCUCUGGCGUCAAACAUACUGGAAAUGCCUCAGUUCAGCAAUGCACCAAUUCAUGUUUGUGCUCUGAUGAGGACUUCAACCCUGUAUGUGGCUCAGAUGGUGUGGAGUUUCGUUCUCCUUGUCAUGCUGGAUGCAUGACAGGAAUACCCUUUAACAGUACAGACAAAGUGUUGAACUACACAGACUGUAGCUGUGUGUCAUCAAGUGGCUCUCCAGGCUUUGCGUUACUAGGAACAUGUAAAAGUGGUUGUGCCGAUCACCUCAUCCCCUUCAUGAUCCUCUCCUCCAUCACAUGCUUUGUGGCUUCACUUUCUCAUACUACAUCUUUCAUGAUGAUACUCAGGACUGUGACUCCAGAAGACAAGUCUUUUGCCUUGGGAAUCCAGUUCAUGCUGUUUAGGGUGCUUGCAUUUCUCCCAGCACCGGUGUUGUAUGGCAGUGCCAUUGAUUCCACCUGCAUUUUGUGGGGAAAGAAAUGUGGAGAAAAAACAUCAUGUAGCUACUACAAUUUAGACCUUUUCAGACACAGAUUCCUGGGACUCCAGAUUUUCUUUAUAUUUGGUGGCUUCAUCUGUUUCCUCCUGUCUUUUCUGGUGCUUCGAAGGACAAAUUCAGCCCAGCUACAGAAUGAGCAGAUGAAGAGCCGGACUAAAAGUGAAAGCUCACCAGAAAUGAAAGAUGCCAUAGAGUCACUGGGCAAUUCAAAUAGACACUGCAAUACAGAAAAAUGUCCUUAGAGAGCAAAGAUUAGACAGAAGGAUGGGAAUGUCCAUUUGUAGAGCUCAAGGGAGUAAGGCGCUAGAGACCUUGAGAUUGGUCUCUCAACUUUAAAUAUUAACAGCUUGACUAUGUGUCAUAAGCUAAAACAGGCCAAGUUUAUGACAAAGGACGAAACCAGACUGUGAGUUUGCUUAUUUCUAUAAACAGCUGUCAUCAGUGAGACAUGAUAAUGCAGGGAAUAAUAGUUCUUCUGCCAAAAGCACAACAAGUGACCACUGUAGAAUAUUGUGUUUGUAAAACACAUCUCUUCCUAUAUAUAUGUUUACUUAAUAAUUUUCAUAUGCUAACAAUGUGAAAAAUUCAGUAGUGUUGUUUGAACUCUACUGAGUUUAGACCAAGUAAGGACAAGUAGCCAAGUAUAUUGAUAUAGACAGAAUUUCUGUCAUUUUGGUGCCUUUUAUUUAUUAGUAUAACUGUGAUGUGUUAUAACUGUGAUGGCAAAGCUGUAAAGCAAUUAUAUGCAUUUUCUUUAUUAUGAGGUGAAUGUAUACAUAUAGAGGCAUUCAUUUUUUGGUUUCAGUUUAUUUGGAAUAUGUUAUAUCUGUGUUCUGUGUGAGAAAGAUGUAUUCAUUUUGUUGCACCUGGCGCUUUUUUAUAUUUGAAUUGUAAUAUGGUACAUUUAUGGAUAACCAGUCACAUAACUGUAUGUGUGACAUACCUUAAAGGAAUAGUUCACCCAAAAAUAAUAAUUGUCUCAUUUUCUCACCCUUAUGUCGUCUCAAACUUGUAUGACUUUCUUUCUUCAGCGGAACACAAACAACGAUAUUUUAAUGGAGAUAUGAUGUCUGUUUGUUCAUACAUUGAAAGUGAAUGGUGACCAAAUUUUCUGGCUCCAAAAAUGACAUAAAGGCAGAAUAUCGGUCACCCAAAAGACUCCAAUGGUUUAAUCCAUGUCUUCUGAAGUUACUCUUUUUUUUUAGUAGUUGAUUUUGGGUGGAGCAGACCAAAAUAUAACUCCUUUUACACAAUAAACGUACAUCAACAGUUUUCUUGACAAAUCAUGAUUUCAAGUUUGAUUACACUUCCUUGCACCAUCUAACAUUCUGCAAGCUUGAAAUCAUGAUCGUACCUAGAGACUGCAAUGGCAAAAAGUAGUCAAAAAGGGGUUAUAUUUUGGUCUGUUCUCACCCAAAACUGAUGUAUCUUUGUUUGUGUUCCACAGAAGAAUGAAAGUCAUACAAGUUUGAGACAACAUAAGACUGAGGAAAUAAGAUAAUUAUUAUUUUUGGGUUAUUCCUUUAACCUUAUAAUCUUCAGCAUAGGCCUGUUUGUUUACUAAGUUUUUUUCUUUUUCACUUUAUUUUUUUUUAUUUUUUUUAUGUCACUUUGAAGUGUUCUGCUACAGUAUAACCC